GCACUGCCAACUUCCGGGUAUGAUGGGAAAACAUGGCGGCGCCCGUGAUUCAGAAGUUUAGACCGAGAGUCGUCUCACAAACUGGCUUAAAAUGCACUGCAUCCAUAAUCUUUUUUCACGGUUCUGGUGACACAGGACGAGGUAUUGAAGAAUGGUUGGGGUCUCUGUGUGGAGGACAGUUCAACUUCCCCCACAUCAGAACUGUGUUUCCAACAGCGCCAAUGAGACCAUGCAGCUAUGCAGGAGGAUCACGUAUGCACAUGUGGUUUGACCGGCUGGCAGUGUCUCCACACGUGGCCGAACACGACUCGGUGCAUGAAGUCUGUCACGAGAUAUCACACCUUAUAGAUGCAGAGGUUCAGGCCGGAAUUCCCAAACACAGAAUUCUACUGGGUGGAUUUUCUAAUGGGGGCUGUUUGUCUCUUCACCUCGGCUACCGGUUCCACAGAGAUGUAGCUGGCAUCUUCAACCUCUCCAGCUUCCUCCAGACAGAAUCAUCUGUAUAUAAGGCCUUGCAGAAGGAUGCAUCUCAGUUACCUCCCCUGUUUCAAUGCCACGGUAAGGAGGACCCCUUGGUGGACUACACAUGGGGGGAGAGUACAUGGGACCGCCUGAAAGAGCUUGGGGUGAAGGGGGAGUUCCACGGCAUCGAGGGACUCGACCAUCAGAUGAGCAUCAGAGAGAUCCAGAUGCUGAGUAAGUGGAUUACAGACAGGGUACCUGAAGAUGGCGGCGCUGCUCAACUAUAGACACAGCAGGACUUGCUUCACGAAGAAUCCAUCAAGCUGACAGUAGAGAUGCGUCUUACCCUGCUCUAGUCAGCCCUGGAGUCCGGGGUAAUGGAAGGACAGGAAUGGAUCUGGAAUGUAGCCUGUGGUUCACUGUCCAUGGCGGCUACAUGAUAUAACACGUUGUCAAGUUUACCAAACGUUUUGGAAAUAAUCUCUAUAAGGGAAUGUAAGCGAAUUUCAAAUGUAAGGAUCUCGCCAAACCCAACAACAACAUUCUUUCGCUUGCGCAGUGGAAUGGCCCCAGUGUUUUGCCAAUGGUAAUACCUUUGCUAUAUCUGAACACGCAUGCAUGUAAGACAGAUGUUUGAUUUUUUUUGCUAAGAUGUGAAGGAGCAUUGUAGGAGUUAUACACUACCCAGGAAACCAUUCACUGAAAUAAGUAGUUUUGUCAAAUGGUCUAUGCUGCCACAUAUCAUUGUGUGUAUCCGACUGCAGUGGAAUUUCAGUAUGCAGGAUUUGAUUUAUAACGUUUUUUUGUCAUCAGUAUUGCAAUCCUAGGUCACAGCCAGUAUAUGAACCGCUGUUUCUUCAAACAAGGUGUAGUGUUGUGCUCAUUGCUGAAUUAGAUGUUUGAAGAAUUGCAACUGUUAACCAGAAAUAGUCACCUUUGUGUCAGUGGUUGUUUUGUUGUUAUGUUUAUGUAUGUGAUCUUCAGAGUAUUGAAGUGGUGUUCUACUUUACUUUAGUUAACAGUGCAAUAAACAGCUGGUGAGUGCUUUGUAUUUCCACUGUUGUUCCACUCUGCAGUCAGAUUGUUUGUCCAUCACUUAUAAACCUUUUACAUGUUUGACACCUACUCUGAAACCAUAUUGCCUUUGAAGCUGAAGCAAUGAUGAUCACAGGAUUAGUGUCUCGAAAAUUUGCUCACAGAAAUCCUUUCUGUAAGGAAUGACAGCCAUUGAAAAUGUAUCAGAAAAUUCAAGUGUGAUUCAGAACAUUGUGGUUCUCUGUGUUGUGUUAAGGCAAAUAUUACAUCAUUUAGAGGAGAUUAUCUGCUCUACCAUAACUAUGCUGUUAGACACAUUGUGGCCAUCUCGACAACAUUAACAUGUUUUUUUCUUCGUAUAUAUUAUCAAGAUGUUUUCCAGGUGAAUGAUAUAUAAUGGUGUGAUGGUGCAUGAUCAGGUUAUCCUGUAUAAUAUUGCAUGACUGAUAAAGGUGGAUGUGGACUGGGAUAUGGGAAAGAUGGUGAUGUGUUAUUUUUGUUAUACUUAUAUGGUUAUACUAUAUUUUACAAUCUGAAAAUAAAUUUUAUAUAUAACUGUA